CAGACGUACUUAAUAGCAAAAUAAAAUAACGCCGUCAAUUGUUCAAUUUCACUAAAUUUUUUUUUUUUUUUUUAAUUUUAUAGACAAUCAAUUAUUGUUAUUGUCAUUUUAUUAAUUUUAUUUAAGAAACAAAAUAUUAUUCUAUCGUCAAUAAAAAUUUGUAAGAGUCAAUUACUUAUCAACUUUUUCUACCACUUUCAUGAUAUCAAAUCACUGGUGUAUUAUUUUUCAUUUAUUCCGGUGAAAUAUUAAAAAAUGAAUUGGAUUCGACAAAUAAUAUGGUGGUUAAUUGCAGUCAAUUCAUUAAACAUCAUUUAUUUUUCAAAUGCAUCAAUACCGGCUCAAGUUUCUGAACAAUUGAAAUUUUUAUUGAAAUCAUGUUUCGCUGACCGGUUGAAUCCGGUAAUCAUCAGUGAAGAUUUGACUGAUAUUGCAUACACUGAGACGACUGAUCCGAGCGACAACGUUACUUUUUUUGAAACAGACUAUCCCAUUAUCGUGAUCGAUGGAAAUUUUCGAGCUAAAAAUGUAGAACCGUAUUACAACCCAAGAUAUCCUACGUACGUUUUAUCGGUUAAAUCUGUCAAGAAACUCGAAAAAGGUCUCCGAGAAUUAGCGUCUUUGUCCACCUGGAACGUCAACUCACAUUUUUUCAUCGUCCGACACAAUCAUAACAAUUGCGAUAAAGAUGGAGAAAAAGUGCUAAAAGUUCUUUGGAAAAUGGAUUUGCUGUCCUCGUUCUACGUUUGUCUCGAGCCUAAUGAUAAUGAAACAAUACCGACUAAUGUAAUUGCUGACACGCGAACAAUGUUGUAUACUUUUAAUCCCUUUUCGAACCACGCGCCCUUGCCCUGGCAAGAAAUCCAUCGUGUUAAGCGACUGAUCGAUGAUAACAGACCCGAACAAGAUCAAGAUAAACACUGGACUUUGUACAAACAAUCAUAUUCAAACGAUACGAAAUUAUGCCCUAGCUUGACUUUUGACAAAACGAAGCAUCUCAACGGCUACCCCAUAAGAGCCAUUUUAGCUGCAAAACCAAAUACAACUUGGACUCCAAACCACUCAGUAAAUAUGAAAGAAUUAGGAAAAGUAUUGCCAUAUCCGCAUUUCAAGCUUUUUGAAACCUUAUUCUCAUCUCUUAAUGUCACUCAUCUAAUUAAUUAUCGUAAUCAUAGUCCAUAUGCUAACAAUACGCCAGUAGGUUAUUUGAAAACAAUUAUAAACGGUACUCACGACGUUUGCUUAAAUUUACAGUAUAUUACUAAUGACGGUUAUAAAUUGAUAGAUAUUAUCAAUCCAGGCCCUGAGGACGAUCUUUUCGGGUUAACUAAAAAAAAUGGCACUCUAAUGCCUGUUGAGAAUAACCGUAAUUUUAAAAACUAUAAACUUGUUCUUAUCGUACUAAUCGUUUUAUUAAUAUCAUAUAUUAUAAUAAUCUUGAAUAAUAUUAACAAUAAUUUCAUCGAUGACGAUGACGAUAAUAAUGACCCUGCGUACGGUAACAGUUUUUUGGACAUAAUUAGAUUCAUCAUAAGUAGUGGAAUAUCGGCGCGACUCACUUCAUAUUCGAUGCGUUUAAUGUUUGUAACAAUGACUCUUUUUGUUUUUAUAAUUUGUCCUGAAUUACAAGGGGAAAUAAUUUCAUUAUCGACAACAAUAGACCAUCGUUAUCCCGCAAGUAUUAAAGAUUUGUUUUAUUUAGAUUAUAACGUUUAUAUUCAACCUGCGUUAAAAAAUACUGUUAUCGACAUGAAAUUAGAAUUGAAUACUGAUGUUAAACGUUUACAUGCUCCAUUACAUUCUGGUGAUUGUUAUAACCAGCUUUGGAAAGACGAUACAACAGCUUGCGUAUACAAAAAUCAAGGACAGUUCGCUAAAGCGUUUAAACAUAAUUUGCAUGUAUUUCAGACAUUCGAGAUUUCGAAAUAUAUUUUUUUUUGCUCCAGAAAAAAUUUUCCCCUGAAAAAUAAAAUUGACCAAAUAGCACUGAGAAUUCAAGAAUCGGGAUUAUUUAAGUAUUGGGAAACGCAAAAUAUAUAUAAUCCGUUCAAUAAAUUAAAAGCUAAGGAAGCUGUUGAUCCAUUCGCACAGUAUGAUGCAGUUGAUUUCGAAGAUUUAGAGCAGGUUUACUGUUUUCUAGCAGCAGCAAUGGGGCUGUCGGUUGUUAUUUUUAUAAUCGAAAUAAUGACCGAUAAAAUAAAAAACUCGCGCCGGCAAGAUUUGAUUCGCGAAAGACAACGCAAAUUAAAAAUUCGACUCGAACAAAUGAGAAGAGAAAAUGUCAAUAAUCGGUUUUUAGAAGAUAAAGUUCGUAUAGUUAAUAGACGUGUGGUCAUUUUACCUUAGACAUUACAUUGUAUCUAUUUAUUGAUAAUGCGUGACUAUUUUCGGUUUAAAUAAAUUAGAAUUAAUGUUCAGGGAAUCGUUGUGAGGUUUGUGGCUCCGUUGAAAUUUAUUUUACUAAAGUUAAUAUUAAUCACAUAAUUCGCUGAAUAACACCGGCACACAAAAAAAAAUAAGGUCUCUGUACUUUUGACGGGACCGAUUUAUUCCCAUGUAUUUUGACCCGCUGAAUCCGAAUCCGAGGUCCGUUUAACCCGUACACCCUCAGAUUUUUAGAAAACUUUAAAAAACCUCAAAAAUACACAAAAAUCGACCGUUUUUUAAAUUUAUAAAUUUUUUUAACCCUAACUAAGCAUGAUUUUUAUGUAUUUCGGUCCUCCACAUACUAACCUGAAGUUUAUUUAAAACAUUAGCCAUUUAAAGUCUGAGUAAAUUCCAAAAAACCCCAAAAA